CAAACGCACGGCCGCGCAGCAUCUAUCUUGCUGGAAGCUUUUUCCGAGAGGUUGAGCGGUUUGCAUAAUGUCGGAAAUGGCCGAGUUGUCCGAGCUGUAUGAAGAGAGCAGUGACCUGCAAAUGGAUGUGAUGCCUGGCGAGGGUGACCUACCGCAGAUGGAGGUAGGCAGCGGGAGCCGGGAGCUAUCCCUGCGUCCCUCCCGCAACGGGGCCCCGCCACAGCUCGAGGAGGAAGGCCCAAUGGAGGAGGAGGAGGCCCAGCCAAUGGCGGCGCCAGAGGGGAAACGGAGCCUUGCUAACGGGCCCAACGCUGGGGAGCAGCCAGGCCAGGUGGCGGGCGCAGACUUCGAGAGCGAGGACGAGGGCGAGGAAUUUGAUGAUUGGGAGGACGACUACGACUAUCCCGAAGAGGAGCAGCUUAGUGGUGCCGGCUACAGAGUAUCAGCUGCUCUUGAAGAAGCCGACAAGAUGUUUCUGAGAACAAGAGAAGCAGCCCUGGAUGGCGGGUUUCAGAUGCAUUAUGAGAAGACCCCGUUUGAUCAGUUAGCUUUUAUCGAAGAGCUUUUUUCACUGAUGGUUGUCAAUCGUCUGACCGAAGAACUCGGCUGUGAUGAGAUUAUUGAUAGAGAGUAGUUACAUGCUGUUAAAAGAGGAGGAAACUACUUGAGGAGGGACCCAACUUUCCGCUAUCUUUUGGGUUCAUUCCAAAUAGUUUUGUGCCAUUGAAAAACUUGACCUUCAAAAAAAUUUGUUUUUCAGAAUAGAAGACAAUAGGACAGUGACUGCACAGUUGUGAAAAAGGAGAAUCAUUAAAGAAAAAGGAAAAAAGAUUUUAAGACCGUUGAAAUCUGUUAUCAAGAAUGUGCUAAAACACCUAUGGCUUUGACUUUGUUAUUGAUCCAGAUUAUUUUCCUUGCAUUGGGGAAAAUAUCUUUCAUAUUUGUUUGCUGUAAAGAUGGUUUUGCAAGAAUAAGUCAUGACCAAGACAAACUGCCAAUACAAGAGCCCACUGAUAUUAAUUAUAUAAUGAGAAAAAAUGUAUCCAACUAGGACACAUAUCUUUUGAGUUAUUUGGACUGAAAGUUUAAGAAAACUUGGGAAAUUCUAUUUUGUGAUCUAGUCAAGCCGUCGUUAUCAAAGGCUAAAUUUUCAGUGUAAGACAAAUGAAGUAUUCUUCAUUAUUCCAAAAGGAUGAGUAAACUCAAAGAUGUAUCACAUGUGCUCUGUAUCUUAAGAUGUGUUUCCAAGAGCGUCUGAAAUUUUGUUUGUACAUGUAUCUUGAUCAUUUAUAAAGCCACUGUGAUAUAUAAAUCAAGAAAAUUCAUUGUCAUAACCAUUUUUAAAAGUCAAAAAUUAAGACAUCUUUAAUUAAAAACUUUCAAAUCUAGACACUAAAUGUGUGUGAAUGUACAAAGAAACCAUUGCUCACGCUGUUAUAUACUAGAGAAAUUUUGUUUUGCUUGCUGUUUUAACUUGCAAGGUGAAAUACUUUAGUUGAACUUCAUAUUGUAAGAACUGUUAAUAAAAAGUUGUCAAGUAAAAAGCCCUAUAUCUAAAAAGACUUUAUGAACAGUUAUUCUAUCAACUUUUAAAGGUUUUAAACCUACCCAGAAAUUACCUUGGUAUCUGAAGUUUCCCUCUGUCUCCUCCUCUAAUUAAGCUUGUUAUUUGUUAUGCACCAGCAUUGGAGAUAAUAAAAUUUCUUGUUCUGUGUAUUUUG